UUUGUGUGUGCGUGUAUGUGACCGAAUGACAGUUCUGACGACAAAUCAACUCACCGCAUUUUUAGAGCGAGACUGCUACGUGUUUUUGGUGUGUUACAUUUCGGUAGAAGUUGCACACGCUGAACACAAAUACCGCAAAUUAACCGAGUGAGUGAACGAUUCAUUUGUGUGAAAUCCAACCAGGAAACUGUUAUCAAAAUCCAGCGACAUGCAUGGUCCAGCCGUAUUCAUAGAUCUUACAUUGGAAGAUCAGGCACAAGAAUUGCGACGAUUCUUCAAAGCCCAAGGUGCUGAAAUCUCCGAAGAAAAAUCCAACAAAGGCAUCGAAGAUGAUUUACACAAAAUCAUCGGCGUUUGUGAUGUUUGCUUCAAAGACGGCGACGCAGCCGAUAUCGAUGGCAUAUUGAACAGCAUCGUUUCAAUUAUGGUUUCGAUCCCAUUGGAGCGUGGCGAAAACAUUGUGUUGGCAUUCUGUGAGAAGUUAACAAAGGCCACCGACCUUCCAUUGAUCAAAGUGUGCCUUCAAUCAUUGUGGCGUUUGUUCAAUCACUUGGAACCAACAUCACCUCUUCGUUACCAUGUGUACUAUCACUUGGUGCAAGUGGCAAAGCAAUGCGAUCAAGUGCGGGAAGUGUUCACCGGUGUCGACCAAUUGAAGUCGCAAUUCGUGCAAUGUCCACCAUCCAAUGAACAAAUGCAAAAACUGUAUCGUCUGUUGCACGAUGUGCUAAAGGAUACAAACAGUGAAUUGGCUGCUAAAGUGAUGAUCGAAUUGUUGGGCACUUACACAGCCGAAAAUGCAUCGGUUGCCCGUGAAGAUGCAAUGAAAUGUAUUGUCACCGCAUUGGCCGAUCCGAAUACAUUCUUGUUGGAUCCAUUGUUGUCACUGAAACCGGUUCGUUUCCUUGAGGGUGAACUCAUUCAUGAUCUGUUGUCGGUGUUUGUAUCGGAAAAUUUAGCCGUCUAUAUUCAAUUCUAUCAAAAUCACAAGGAAUUUGUGACCUCACAAGGGCUCAACCAUGAACAAAACAUGAAGAAAAUGCGCCUAUUGUCGUUCAUGCAAUUGGCCGAAAGUAAUCCGGAAUUGACAUUCGAACAAUUGCAAAAGGAAUUGCAAAUCGGCGAAGACGAUGUUGAACCAUUUAUUAUUGAAGUAUUAAAGACGAAAUUGGUGCGCGCUCGUAUGGAUCAAAAGGCACGCAAAGUACACAUUUCCAGCACGAUGCAUCGAACAUUCGGCAAACCACAAUGGAUGCAAUUACACGAUCUGUUGCGCGCAUGGAAAACCAAUUUGCAUGUCGUUCAAGAGGGUAUGAAACAAGUGGCCGACACACAAGCCAAUUUACUGCACAAACAACAGAAAAACAACUAAACACCGUGAGCAGCACCGGAAGGGAUUCAAUGAACGAUUGUUUGGAAAUACAUUUACUACCAUAAAUUAAAAUACAAAAAAAAAACAAUUUAAAUACGAUUCAUUUCACAAACGAAUUAUAUUGAAGAUAAUUUGAUAAUGCCAAUAAAAAAAAAGAAAAUCAGAAAAAAA